GAGAGGAGCCGUGGAUUUGUACCUCCGAGUUGUCGAGAGCGUCGCCGCAGCCUCCGAGGCCAGAGCGGCCUUGGAAGAGACAAAGGGGCUGUGGCUGACAACAACCCUGCGAGGUGUCGGGAAAUCAUGCCUCUUGCUACAAUUCACAGAUAAACGGUUUACGGCUAUUCAUGAUUUGACAAUUGGUGUGGAGUUCGGGGCACGGAUGAUUACCAUUGAAAACAAAAAGAUCAAACUGCAGAUUUGGGAUACGGCUGGCCAGGAAUCUUUUCGCUCUAUUACGCGCUCAUACUACAGGGGAGCAGCUGGGGCACUUUUGGUCUAUGACAUCACCAGGCGGGAAACUUUUAACCAUUUGUAUUCCUGGCUAGAGGAUGCUCGGCAGCAUUCCAAUGCCCACAUGGUGAUCAUGCUAAUUGGCAAUAAAAGUGACCUGGAGAACCGGCGGGCUGUGCAGAAGGAAGAAGGUGAGGCUUUUGCCCGAGAACAUGGCAUGGUUUUCAUGGAGACAUCAGCAAAGACAGCAGCCAACGUGGAAGAGGCCUUUCUCAACACAGCUAAAGCCAUUUACCGAAAGAUCCAGCAGGGUGAAUUUGACAUUUCCAAUGAGGGAAAUGGUAUCAGGAUUGGCCCUCAACAACCAUCAGUUAUUCAGGGUGGAUCAUCCCUCCGCCAAGGCCCGCAAGGCUCUGGGGACCGAUCGGGCUGUUGCUGAGUUUCCUUGAAAUCUUGUCUGGCCUGCUGAGGCUGGGAACAAACAGAGGAUGCCUUUUUUUUCCCCUUUUUUCUUACUCAUUUCAGACAUUGUUGGGGGAGGGGGGAGGCAGGGAUUUUCCAGUCCAGUUUUCCUUUUCCCUUUUUAUAUAGAGAAUUUGGGGCCAACCUGGAUCUAAUCCUUGGCUGGGGGCUGUAGCAUUCCUUUCCAAAGCCUCCCCAGCAUGGCUGUCUGGCAUUCCUUACAGAGGAAAGGGUAUUUCCCUCCUCCAGUCUGGCUUUAUAUCAGCAGUGAUUUUUCUCCCCACCGUGGAAGAUUUCCAUUCCCUACUAUGGGCCCAUUGAGUUCUGGGGAUCGUCCAGGCCCCUGCACCUGAUUUUAAUUUUAAGCUGCGAUGUACUGUUUCUCCUCUUCCUAUUAAAGGU